AUGCGCCACUCAGGCAUCCCAGAACUAACUCAGCUCCGACUGGUGAACGGCCCGAGUCGCUGCGCUGGGAGAGUCGAGGUGCUUCACAACCAGCAGUGGGGAACCGUGUGUGAUGACAACUGGGAUUUAACUGAGGCCAGAGUCGUGUGCAGGCAGCUGGGCUGUGGGACGGCAUUAUCAGCCCCACGUGGGUCUCGGUUUGGACAGGGAACUGACCGUAUCUGGCUGGAUGAGGUAAACUGCACAGGGACAGAAGCCGCCCUCUCCGAAUGCAGGGCUCGGCCUUGGGGAGUGCAUGACUGUAACCACGUAGAAGAUGCUGGUGUUAAGUGCUCAGACUCGAUUAUUCCAGACCCAGGUCCUCUCCAACUGGUGAACGGCCCCAAUCGCUGCGCUGGGAGAGUCGAGGUGCUUCAUAACCAUCAGUGGGGAACUGUGUGUGAUGAUGGCUGGGACUUAACUGAUGCUGGAGUCGUGUGCAGGCAGCUAGGCUGUGGGACGGCGUUAUCAGCCCCAGGCGGGGCUCACUUUGGGAGAAGUUCUGACAUUAUCUGGCUGGAUGAGGUUAACUGCACAGGGACAGAAGCUGCCCUCACCGAAUGCAGGGCUCGGCCUUGGGGAGACAAUAACUGUCACCACAGAGAAGAUGCCGGUGUUGUGUGCUCAGACUCAGGCAUUUCAGAAGUGGCUCAACUCCGACUUGUGAACGGCCCAAGUCGCUGCGCUGGGAGAGUCGAGGUGCUUCACAACCAGCAGUGGGGAACCGUGUGUGAUGACAGCUGGGACAUAACUGAUGCUGGAGUCGUGUGCAGGCAGCUAGGCUGUGGGACGGCGUUAUCAGCCCCAGGCGGGGCUCACUUUGGGAGAAGUUCUGACAUUAUCUGGCUGGAUGAGGUUAACUGCACAGGGACAGAAGCUGCCCUCACCGAAUGCAGGGCUCGGCCUUGGGGAGACAAUAACUGUCACCACAUAGAAGAUGCUGGUGUUGUGUGCUCAGACUUCGUCAUUCCAGACCCAGGUCCUCUCCAGCUGGUGAACGGCCCCAAUCGCUGCGCUGGGAGAGUCGAGGUGCUUCACAACCAUCAGUGGGGAACCGUGUGUGAUGAUGGCUGGAACCUAACUGAUGCUGGAGUCGUGUGCAGGCAGCUGGGCUGUGGGACGGCGUUAUCAGCCCUAGGGGGGGCUCACUUUGGGAGAGGAUCUGACACCAUCUGGCUGGACGACAUUAACUGUACAGGGACAGAAGCUACCCUCACAGAAUGCAGGGCUCAGCCUUGGGGAAACAAUAACUGUCACCACGGAGAAGAUGCCGGUGUUGUUUGCUCAGACUCAGCCCUUCCACACCUGGCUGAGGUGCGACUGGUGAACAGCCCAAGUCGCUGCGCUGGGAGGGUCGAGGUGCUUCACAACCAGCAGUGGGGAACCGUGUGUGAUGACAGCUGGAACAUAACCGAUGCCGGAGUCGUGUGCAGGCAGCUGGGCUGUGGCACAGCGUUAUCAGCCCCAGGAGGGGGUCGAUUUGGACAAGGAUCUGGGCCAAUUUGGCUGGAUGAGGUUAACUGCACAGGGACCGAAGCUGCCCUCUCCGAAUGCAGGGCUCUGCCUUGGGGGAACCAUAACUGUCACCACAGAGAAGAUGCCGGUGUUGUGUGCUCAGAAGUAAAUCAGCUCCAACUGGUGAACGGCCCAAAUCGCUGCACUGGGAGGGUCGAGGUGCUUCACAACCAGCAGUGGGGAACCGUGUGUGAUGACAGCUGGGACAUAACUGAUGCUGGAGUCGUGUGCAGGCAGCUGGGCUGCGGGACGGCGUUAUCAGCCCCAGGAGGGGGUCGAUUUGGGCAAGGAACUGACCGUAUCUGGCUGGACGAUGUUCAGUGCAAAGGGACAGAAACUGGCCUUUCCGAAUGCAGGGCUCGGCCUUGGGGAGACAGUAACUGUCACCAUGGAGAAGAUGCUGGUGUUAUUUGCGCAGACUCCGGCAUCUCCGAAGUGACUCAGCUGCGGCUGGUGAAUGGUUCGAGUCGCUGCGCUGGGAGAGUCGAGGUGUUUCAUAACAAGAAGUGGGGAACUGUGUGCAAUGACAGCUGGGACCUACAGGAUGCCACAGUCGUGUGCAGGCAGCUGGGCUGUGGGACGGCGUUAUCAGCCCCUGCCGGAGCUCACUUUGGGCCAGGAUCUGACCAUAUCUGGCUGGAUACUGUCAACUGCACAGGGACAGAAGCUGCCCUCUCCCAGUGCAGGGCUAAGCCUUGGGGAGACAGUAAUUGUACCCAUGAAGAAGAUGCCGGUGUUGUGUGCUCAGGCAUUUCAGAGCAGACUUCGCUCCGACUGGUGAACGGCCCGAGUCGCUGCGCUGGGAGGGUCGAGGUGCUUCACAACCAGAAGUGGGGAACCGUGUGUGAUGAUGACUGGGACCUACAGGAUGCCGGAGUUGUGUGCAGGCAGCUGGGCUGUGGGACGGCGUUAUCAGCCCCAGGCGCGGCUCACUUUGGGCGAGGAUCUGACCCCAUCUGGCUGGAUGACGUUCACUGCACAGGGACAGAAGCUGCCCUCUCCGAAUGCAGGGCUCGGCCUUGGGGAGAGUAUAACUGUCACCACGGAGAAGAUGCCGGUGUUGUGUGCUCAGACUCAGGCAUUUCAGAGCAGCCUCAGCUCCGACUGGUGAACGGCCCGAGUCGCUGCGCUGGGAGAGUCGAGGUGCUUCACAACCAGCUGUGGGGAACCGUGUGUGAUGACAGCUGGGAUUUAACUGAGGCCAGAGUUGUGUGCAGGCAGCUGGGCUGUGGGACGGCGUUAUCAGCCCCUGGGGGGGCUCGAUUUGGAGGAGGCUCUGAUCCCAUCUGGCUGGAUAACGUUCACUGCACAGGGACAGAAGCUGCCCUCUCCAAUUGCAGGGCUCGGCCUUGGGGAAUCCAUAACUGUAACCACGGAGAAGAUGCCGGUGUUGUGUGCUCAGACUCAGCCAUUCCAGAGCAGGCUCCAAUCCGACUGGCUAAUGGUUCUAGUCUCUGCGCUGGGAGAGUCGAGGUGUUUCACAACCAGCAGUGGGGAACCGUGUGUGAUGACAGCUGGGACAUAACUGAUGCUGGAGUCGUGUGCAGGCAGCUGGGCUGUGGGACGGCGUUAUCAGCCCCUGGGAGAGCUCAGUUUGGGCGAGGAUCUGACCAUAUCUGGCUGGAUGAUGUUCACUGCACAGGGACAGAAGCUGCCCUCUCCCAAUGCAGGGCUCGGCCUUGGGGAGACAAUAACUGUCACCAUGGAGAAGAUGCCGGUGUCGAGUGCUCAGGCUCAGUCAGUCUGGGCUUUGCUCCACUCGGAUUGGUGAAUGGCCCAAAUCCCUGCGCUGGGAGAGUCGAGGUGCUUCACAAUCAGCCGUGGGGAACCGUGUGUGAUGGCAACUGGCAGUUACCUGAUGCUGCCGUCAUGUGGAGGCAGCUGAUCUGUGGGACGGCGUUAUCAGCCCUAGGCAGGGCUUGUUCUGGGCGAGGGUAUGAUCCCAUCUGGCGGGACGAUGUUCACUGCAGAGGAUCAGAAGUUUCCUGCAGUGAAUGCCUGGCUAAGCCUUGGGGAAACCAUAACUUUCACCACAGAAAAGAUGCCGGUGUUAUAUGUUCAGACUCAGGCAUCUCAGAAGUGUCUUUGCUCCAGCUAGUGAAUGGCCACAAUCGCUGGGCUGGGAGAGUCGAGGUGUUUCAUAACCAGCAGUGGAGAACUGGGUGUGAUGGCAGCUGGGACUUACGUGAUGCUGGAGUUGUGUUGGGCAGUGGGACACCGUUAUCAGCGCCACAUGGGGCUCAGUUUGGACAUGGAUCUAACUGUCCCUGGGUGGAUGAUGUUAACUGCACAGGGACAGAAGUUGCCGUCUCCGAAUGCAGGGCUAGGUCUUGGGGAAACCAUAACUUCAAUUAUGCAGAAGAUUCCAGUGUUGUGUGCUCAGGCUCAGGCAUCUCAGAAGUGGCUCCGCUCCGACUGGUGAACGGCCCAAGUCGCUGCGCUGGGAGAGUCGAGGUGCUUCACAACCAGCUGUGGGGAACCGUGUGUGAUGGCAGCUGGGACUUGUCCGAGGCUGAAGUCGUGUGCAGGCAGCUGGGCUGUGGGACGGCGUUAUCAGCGCCACGUGGGGCUCACUUUGGACAAGGAUCUGACCGUGUGUGGCUGGAUGAGGUUCAGUGCACAGGGGCAGAAGCUGCCCUCACCAAAUGCAAGUCUAAGCCUUGGGGAGAGCAUGGCUGUAACCCCGGAGAAGAUGCCAGUGUUGUGUGCUCAGAUCAGGGCCAGCUGAGGCUGCGGCUGAUGAGUGGCCCAAGCCCCUGCUCCGGGCGAGUGGAGGUGCUGAUUAACGACACCUGGGGUGCCGUGUGUGACGCCGGCUGGGGCCUGACGGAGGCGGGAGUGGUGUGCAAGCAGCUGGGCUGCGGCACGGUGCUGUCAGCCCCGGGGGUUGCUCAGUUCGGCCACGGGGCCGGCGACGUCUGGCUGGACGGCGUGAGCUGCUCGGGCCAGGAGUCUCUCAUCAGCGAGUGCCAGCUGAGCCGGCUGGGUCCCGGGCUGUGUGGCCGUGGCUCCGAGGCCAGCGUGGUGUGUGCUGGGCAGGCUGGCUCCGGGCUGCUCUGGUCUGUGCUCCUUGGCCUGGGUGCUGUCAUGGUGCUGAUCUGCGGGGUCCUGCUCUGCUGGAGGAUGCGGCGGGACAGAGCCGCUGGGAACCCCCUGGGCCAUGUGCACCUGGAGGAGCUGGGGGCUCCAGGGACCCCGCCCCAGUCCCAGGGUGCGGCAAAUCCAGAGCCCCCGGAGGACCCCGACAGCGAGAUGACCUGGCUGGUGAGGGAAGACAUGGUGCUGUGA